ACAGAUAUGGGUUAUAGACAACAGACCACCAGGAUGCCCAAAAGUGGUCUGAUUCCCAGAAAAAUUGCCUCUACUAAGAGGAGCCAAAAGAUUCCUGAUUGGCUGGAGAGAGAGCUCUUGAGGCGAGAACCCAGGCGACACUCUCUUGCCAUGGGAGACAGUGCUAACCUCAGCAUGCGACGACGCUACAGACAAGAUCCUAUCUCUAAACUCUAUGAACUUAAGAUGGAGCAUGUGGUGACUCUUGGCAAUCUUAAGAAUCUUAAACAGGCUUUUGAUGAGUUUGCAAAGGCCGGCAUCGACAAACUUGAUUACCCACAAUUCCAUUCUGUUGUAAAAGCAUGUGCAGGAUUGCAUGUUAUUAAAGAUUCUCAAAUUCAGCAACUUUUCAUGAAGAUUGAUUACACUGGUGAUGGCAAGAUCGAGUGGCAUGAAUUUUGCACAUACAUGUACCUUGAGUACAAAGAGAAAGAGGAGACAGUGCGUCGCAGUAAGAUGGCGGCUUUCAUGCUGCCGGCUAAAAUUAACAAUCUGCGUCGUGGAGAACCUGUUGUUGAAGUUCAGAUCAGUCCUGAUGGCACCGUUGUCACCGUCAGAGAAGAUGGGCUUGUCAACUACUGGAGCCCUACCCUUCAGCUGAAGAACAAUAAGAAUGUGUUUCCUCAGAGACCUGCCGGUCGAACGCUAAAACGAGCCACGGAUUUUGCCCUCAUGACAGAGUACAAUAAACUGAUUAUUGCAACAGGAACCAGAGAGAUUCAGAUUUAUGAGUUCUCUUCUUUGGAGCCUUGGUGUCAGAUAAGUGCACUAGAAACUGUGCCUUUAAAUCUGGAUUACUGCUGUACUGGCCCAGAUGAAUGUCUCAUUCUGUAUGGGGACACUAAGGGCUGUGUGAACAUCAUCCUAAUGAAGUCGGUCAGGGAGAUGCUCAGGUUGUGGAAAAGCUUGCCGCUAUUGGAGAACAUGCCAAACAUCAGCCUUGAUCAUGCCGUUCAAUAUCCAGAUAUAACAUAUAUAAGAUGGAAAAUCCACCAAGACUGGGUGACAAAGGUGAAAUACAUUCACAGCAUUCCUGCUGUUAUAUCUGCAUCCAACCAUGAAGACUCCGCCCUUGUUAUGGGAUGCCUUCUACCAUCAAUCGACAUUCACCAACGCAUGAAUGACAUCUGUGGAGAAGGAAGAUUAAAAAAAAUUACACUCGGCAAUACACAGCAGAGGCCAGCUUGCGACCAAACAGUCUUCGCUGUUUGUAAAGGAGUCAUGGCCUUUGACUUUAGUAAAAGUGAAAACCUUUUAGUCACUGGUGGAAUGGACAAGCUGUUGCGUUUGUGGAGCCCGUACAUGCAUGAGCGUCCAACAGCAAUUUUAAAAGGUCACACAGCACCUAUUGCUUACCUCUGUAUUGCCUCAGAAAAAGGACACAUUUAUUCUGUGUCCAGAGACAACACUGCCAAGAUAUGGCAUAUUCAUGAUAAAGCAUGCCUAUUCACUGCAAAUCCACAAGAAAGUCAAAUACAAGGAGAAUUGUCAGCAUGCCGCUAUUCUUCAGCCGUGAAGGGUCUUUACAUUGCCACGGAUUCCCUUGCUUUGCUAUCCAUGCAGACAAAAUCACAACAUACAGGCAUUCCCAUUGUGUCCCAUUGUGAGCCAGUGAUGUGCUGUGGAUACAGUGAGGAGUUCAGGCAGGUGGUGAGCUGCUCAGAGGGAUCGGUUGUCAAAGUCUGGGAUCUGGACACUGGAGCUCAUAUGUUUGAAUAUGGAUGUGCGCACGGGCAGUCUGCUAUUACCUGUUUGGCAUUUGACAGUAGAGGAAGGAGGCUAGUGACUGGUGGAAGAGACGGCUGCCUCAAAAUGUGGAACUUUAACAACGGAAAGUGCAUAAAGAUCUUCAGUAAAGAUGGAAAACAAGAAGAAAUUUGCGAUUGCUCUUUUGUCACAUUGCACCAGAGCGCGUUUGUGAUUUCUGUUGGAUGGGGCCACAGGAUUGACAUUUACUUGGACUCCAUAGAAGAAACUCAGUUCAACCAGAGACCAAAACCUUCCUGGCAGGAGGAUGUGAGAAAAGGACACAAAGAAGACAUUUUAUGUAUUGCUCACUGUGCACCCCAUCUCCUAGCCACUGGUAGCUAUGAUGGCGAGGUUAUCGUGUGGAAUGUGGUGUCUGGAAGAAUACAGUGUCGCUUCCAGACUCCUCAGUCUCCAGACCCUAGCAGUACUUUUGUAAAGAAAACAAGCGUCCUGAGUCUCAUUUUCCUAAAGACCCGGGCAUUUGUCACUGAAAUGUCUUCCUCUGCCUGGCUCAUAUCUUCAGGGUCUCAAGGUUCUGUUAACUUCUGGAGCGUUUUGAGUGGCGGAAAGUUCAUUACAUCUUUUCAAGCCUCCCACUUGAAGCAGGGGAUCGUGAAACUUGCUUUAAUACAGGACGACAGUUUGCUUUUCACAGCCGAUCAUAUAGGAUACAUUUCAGUUUACAAUGUCAAGACAUACGCCCUUCAGCCUGAAUCAAAACCUCCUCAAAAGGUGAACUUCUGGCGAGCACACAUCAGCAGAAUCACUGGGUUAAAGAUAAUUGAGAACGACCAGUUUCUGCUCACAUGUUCAGUGGACUGCUCGGUACGACUGUGGAACAUCCAUGGGGAUUUUAUAGGUACAUUCGGUCAAACAGAAGUUUGGAACAUACACAACCCAUCUUCAUGGAAGCACCCAGCCGUUCCCUCUGAGAUUCUAGUAGAUCCAUUAAGCAUGCCGUCUCAUCCAAUACUGGAGGAAGAGACCAAUUUGCCAGAUCUUCUUAACUUGGGGAUAAAUGAAAACUGUGAGGUGGACAAUAAGAGUGAUUCUCCAUCAAGCCUCGAUAACAAAGACUGAGUAUACAAAAACUCAUCUAUGCCCGAGAUUGCCAGGACAAAACAAAAUAAAUUAGCAUCUAAGUGUUGUGACUUAACAGUGCUAAAUUAGAUUUACUGAACUUUUGGAUUGCAGGUAGCACCAUGCAGUAUAAAAAUAUGUCGACUUCAAGGUCUACACUUCAGUUUGAUGCCCUACCAAUAUACCAAAAAGCAAAUGAUAGUAAACAUGAUAUCAA